CCGGCGAAGCCGAGCGGCCGGGGCCCACCGGUCUGGAAAUAAAGGGGCAGAGCGAGAGGUCCGUGGUUGUCAGGGUAAAGAAGUGGGGGGUGGGUCAGAUGGCGGAAGCAUGGUCAGGAAGUGUUCCGCGUCGGAAGCGUAUCCUGUGCAGGAACUUCGUCUGUGGAGUUUGCAAAUGGGGACAUAGCUGCUAUUACUCACAUGAUCUUUCUAUGCUGAAGUCGUCCCAGAUCUGUAAACACUAUUUAAAUGGAUUUUGCUUCUAUGGAAAUCGAUGCAGAUAUCAACAUAUCCGACCCACUGCAGGAUGGUUAUCUGAAAGUAGACGUGGUUCUGAACCUGCUGUUCAGCUGAAGGCUGGCGAAUCGCCCCAGGGUUACUAUAGUGUGAAGUCUAGUGAUCCUACUGGAAGAAACUGCGCUCAAAACAGAUGUAGCUCUGCUCCUGCUAUUCAUCAAGGCCCAGGAAAAUUUGUCCAGCAUUCCCAUGCUGCAGAAUGUACUGCCCACUCAACUACUGAAAAGGGUGCUUCAGGUCGGCGUGGUUCUGAACCUGCUGUCUCAAGCUUCACUUGCUUGGGUAGGAACACACGGUAUUUUGGCAUGCAGCUGGAGGAAGAUGUGGAAGAGGAUAAGGAGAAUGAAAUGCCUCAAAGCACAGACAGAUGGACCCUUCCUGCAGAGUUUAAAUCUCAACCAUUUCAAGAGCAUGAUUGUGCAUCAACAUCUCACACAGCAGGUCCUUUCCAUUGUAUGCCCAGUUGUGACAACAGCAUACCUCAAACUGAGAAGCCAAAGAAUCGAUCUUCAACUCCAUCUGUUACACAGGGUAAGUUGACGAAAGACCCAGCCUUUGAAAUGAGUAAAGAUAUAACUUGUGGAAUUUGCAUGGAGAAAGUCUAUGAAAAAACACCAGCUAGAGAUCGUUGCUUUGCAAUUCUCCCUGACUGCAACCAUGCUUUCUGUGUGACCUGUAUCAAGAAGUGGCGAGACAGCAAGGGGUUUACCAAUAAUGUAAUAAAGGCAUGUCCUGAAUGUAGAGUUGUGGCCAGUUACUUCAUACCAUACAAGUACUGGGUAGUUGAUGAACAGAAACAGAAGCUUAUUGAAAAAUUCAAAGCUGAAAAGAGAAAAAUACACUGCAAGUUCUUCCUACGAAGUAACGGCAGAUGUCCUUUUAAAUCUGAAUGCAUUUACUUACAUGAGUUUCCAGAGGGAUAUCGACCCACCCAGCGUCGACAAAGGAGGCAAAGAGAUAGUUCUCCGUUGGGAACUAUGUGGGAAGAUGAUUGCGAUGAUGAUGACUAUGACCGUGCCCUUCACCUUGUUGGUAUUCUUUCCCUCGAUGAUACCUUUUUAGAGAAUUUGGUGCAUUUUCAGUUUGAACUUUUUGAUUCCGAUCUGUCUGAUUUUAAUCAGGAUGAUGAUUCUGAUGAUUAUGAUUCUGAUGAUUUAGAUGGCUUUGUGCCAUUUUAGCCUUCUGUAUGAAGUAGUGUUCCUGCAUACAGCAGGUGGAAUAUUGAUGGCAAUUGCUUAUCCUAUAUUUUGGCAGUGUUGUUGCAGGUAGCAGGCUGAACCAUACAGGUUGGGUAUUUGCACACUGAUCUAUAAUGCAUGUGAAGUUGAUUUUUUUUCUUGCACUAGUUGUACUUUGACAGUUUAGUGAAGCUACUUUUUGCUAAAUCCUAUAGUUGCAGCUACUCAAGAAUUCAAACUUUUUAGGUUAGAAAUAUAAAGUAAGUGAUAUGAAAUGCAUUUAAAUGAUUUGAACAAUUCACUGAUUUUUUUGAUAGUGGACUUCAGGGAUUAACCUUGGGAAUUGGCUAUUUUACCAAACCUUGUAGACUUUUGACUGCAGGUAAUCUGACUAUGUACUGAAAUGUUGACUUAAUAAACCAAGUAUAGAGAAGUGGAAUAAUGUAUAUUUAGUAGAACUGGAAUGUUUUUCUCCUUCCUUUCAUCCACUAAUGACAGCAAAUGUAUAUUUAACACGGGGAUCGAUGGCAGUUUGACAUUUUGUAAGCAAUAACAGCUUGCUGAUCAAGUUAAUCAGUGGGAAUGUUUUUUUUUAAAUGUUUGUGCUAACAAUGUUCAAAUAAAAACUUUUUGUAAAUA